AUGCGCGGCGUCCGGCAUGCCGGGACCGGCUCCGCGACCAAUGGUACCGCUGCCUCCGAUAACCACUGCGUGUUCCCCGGCAACGUCGCACACCCCCUCAGCAUCCCCGGCCAAACAGCCUUGGCCAGAGGCUCGCAGAUCGAGGGCCCUCCGCUCCCUGAAGGAGCAGCUAAAUCGUCCAUCGAUAGCAUGUCCUUUUCGGCGGAGGCUUAUUUUGCUUCACAACCACCCCCACCGACACUCCAGCACGACGUGGAGCAAGUGCGCGAGUUCGUGGCGAGACAGGCAAAGGAAGGCAGGAAUGUGGUUCUGGUGACGAGCGGUGGCACGACGGUGCCUUUGGAGCUCAACGUUGUACGAUUCCUGGACAAUUUCAGUGCUGGAACUCGUGGCGCGACUUCUGCAGAAUAUUUCCUCAAGGCAGGCUACGCUGUUAUCUUCAUGCACCGACAAUUUAGUCUACAGCCAUUCAGCCGACACUACUCUCACUCGACGAACCCAUUCCUCGACUUCCUUGAGAUUGAUCCUCCGUCUCCGUCUUCUCCUGACGCGGACCCGCGUAUCUCGGUGACUCCAAACAAGCGACACGACCUGUUGAACGUGCUCACGGAAUACAAACGUGUCCACGCCCUCGGGACACUGCACACUCUCACGUUCGUCACCGUCGACGACUACCUAUGGCUUCUGCGUGCGCUCAGCCAGGAGCUGGCAGUCGUGGGCCGAAGGGCGAUGUUCUACCUCGCAGCCGCCGUCAGCGAUUUUUUCCUGCCGAGGCAGAAGAUGUCUGAACAUAAGAUCCAGUCAGGCAAGGGCAACCUCUCAAUAGAGAUGGACCAAGUGCCGAAAAUUCUCAAGCCAUUGGUGGACAACUGGACGAAAGGGGGAUACGUGAUCUCGUUCAAGCUCGAGACAGACGACAAUCUCCUCCUGCCAAAAGCCCGCCAAGCACUUGAGCGGUACGGACAUCAGGUUGUGAUCGGGAACGACCUGCACAGGCGCAAGUUCGAGGUCGUCUUCGUCUCAAAGAAAUACCUACCUGGCCCUCCUCCUAAUCCUGAGCCUGCCGCCGAUGGCUCUGACGAAUUUUCGGAGUACUGGCUCCGGAUCAACGUCGCACAUACGAAUCAAACACCUGGCUUCCCUCUCAAGGAGAUCGAGGAAGACAUUGUCGCGGAGCUGGUGAAGAGGCAUGCGGAGUGGAUCGCUCGUACGCCCUGA